ACCAUUAUUUCUACCACACACACUGCUGCAAAAAAUUUUUGCAGUUUUGACAUUUAAUGUCAAAAGCGGAAGUAAAUAUAACCCUACUUUUUGCGAAUGCUGUUUACCAAAAGUGACACAACAGAAAUGUAAAUACAGUUUUACUUAAUUUUGUAAUAAUUAUCAAUAUGGGAGACAUUGAAGCUAGGAGGGAGGCGCGAAGGAAAAAGAUUCUUCAAAAUUCAGAGAGUAGACUACAAAGAAUAACAGGCGUUGAAAAUAAAUCCAAGAUAGAAAUAGAAGGUAUCAGUAGCAGUCCUGACCAAUUUCAACCAGAUGCAGUAGCCACAGAAGCCAUACCACGUACCAUCCAUACAACAGAGAAUCACACAUUUUUUAAUAAUGUAGAUGAACCUACCAACUUUAACAUUCAAACCAAUAAUUUCAACAAUGAUGUGCAAACAAUCUUUUAUAACACUAGAAUAAAUGAAGAUACAUCAGUGGCACAGAUAGUUCCCCCUCCUCAGACCAACUCUAGACAUUUAUAUAUUCUUCUGAUUCCGAUCUUAUGGAGCCUUCUAAUAGCAGUAUGUGAUAUUAUAAAUGUGGACAUUAGUGUCUUUUAUAUAAACAAGAUUUUUCUGCCUUUGAUAGCCUUCGAAAUACAUGAUUUUUAUUUUUCGCCAGAUAUUCCAGUUUCUUCGACUGUACUCUCUUCGAUUCUACUUCUGUCUGGACGUCCAUAUUCGAGGAAGUUAAACAUAUUUAUUCAGUACUUUAUGAGAUUGGUUCAAGAUGUUAUGAUAUAUUUUUUUGUGUUUUUGGUUAGUCGUUUAUGUAUGAUCAUAUUAUUUUUUAAGUUUUAAAUAUAAUUUCGAAUAAAAGAAUAUUGUGGAUAUUUGUAUUAUAAUAAAGAAUAGUUUUCAA